AUGCUCGCGACCGGCCGUUUCACCAACAACACGGAGGCGCACGACACCAUGCAAGAGCUCAUUGACCUACGUUACACUGGGCACCAGCUUCGUUUCGUGUUUGUUCUCCUGCUCGACCAAGACUGCGCGCCGUGCGCUUUCUACAAGCGCUUCGCUGUAGCUCUCCAGAAGGACUUCCUCGAUCGAGGCAUGUCCCCUGCGGCCGCGCAAUUGUCCUUGGCCUCGGCAUUACUCAACCUGUGGGUUCAAGCGGGCCACGACAAGUCCAAGCAGAAUCCCGUCGUUUGCGGCUCGGUGGAAGGCUCCGCAGAAUCCAAACGACUGGCAGACGAGAUCCUCUCGCAGUUCGCGGUUGGGGCCGACGUUUUCUUCUUUGUCCACGGUCGCGCUGGCACCGGGAAGUCCACCCUCGCCAACUAUCUCACGCACGCUGCCGAGUCCACGCAGCACGCGGUGCUCAACGUGGCCACUACUGGCCAGGCCGCUCUCCAACUGGCCCACGGCGCUACUGCCCACUCCACGUUCGGCAUCCCCACGACAGAUGACGAAUACCUCACUUCUACUGUGACGCCCAACACUGCGAAAGCCCGCAUGCUGGCACAAACGAAGCUCCUGCAAUGGGACGAAUGGCCCAUGGCCAAGAGGGCUUCGUGGGACUGCGCGGUGCAGCUGCUGCAGCGCCUGCGAGCUGACCUAUCCGACGUGUACGUCCCGAAGGUCGUGGUUUGCUACGGCGACUUCCGUCAAAUCCCGCCUGUGGUGAAGUACUGCACGCGCGCAGAAAUUGUCCAGCACUGCGUUCGCGCGUCCCCAACGUGGGCCCGCUUCCGCGCGCGCCACCUGCGCCGUGCCCACCGGACCGCCGCCGACGCCAAGUUCACGGAAUGGCUGGAGACCAUUGGCAACGGCACGUGCCCCGCUCCUCACACCUGGAACGGGCACACUGGCUACGUGGCAUUAUCUGGCCUCCCGAUGGUGGACUCUGAGCAGGAGGCAGUCGACUUCGCAUUCCCCACCUUGCAUGACCCCCAUCGCUGCUCCAAAGCCAAGAUCGUGGCCACGACGAACGACAAGGUGGACCACUUCAACGCCCUCAUCCUCAACAGGCUCGUCAUGGACCACGGGCUUUCUGACCAUUCCCACUACAGCGCUGACAGUGUCGAGGUCGACGCCAACUCCGUAUUGGAUGAUUCCAUGACCACCGAGUUCCUGAAUACCCAAUCCCACCUGGGCGUCCCCCCGCACCGCUUGCGGCUGGUCCGCGGAGGCCUCUACGAGCUCAUGCGCAACCUCAACAGCAAGGAACGCUUGAUGAAUCACACGCCCGUUAUUCUGAAAAACGUUCAUCGGUUUCACGUUGUGAUUGCCACGCUCGACCAGCGCGAGUACCCUAUUCCGCGCAUCAUCUUCCAGUGGGCUCUCGGUCGGGGUGCCUGCACUGUGCUGAGGCGACAGCUCCCCCUGCGCCCCGCGUACGCCUCCACGUUCAAUGGGGCGCAGGGCGCGACGCUCGAGAGAUGCGCCGUGGAUGCGCGGGCAGACCCCUUCGCCCACGGCCACCUGUACGUUGCUCUCGGUCGCGUGUCUCACCGGAUGGAUUUGCGAAUCCUAUCUUCUCCGGACCGGUGCACGCCUCAAGGCGAGCCUCUCAUCCGGAAUGUGGUGUGGAAAGAGCUGCUCCUGCCCCAUGGCCCAGCUCGCAGCAGCGGCGGCCCGCUUGCGGGCGCGGAGCUUCCCAUGAAACCCCCGGGGGCACGCGCCAACGGCACGCUCUACACCGUUGACGUGGGCAUCCAGAUGAUUGGGGUCAAAAUCGCUGGCAAGGUGGUGCACGACGCCGGCGUGCGGUUCACCCUCGCCGACGCGGCGUCCUUGCAGCCCGGUCAGCCGCGCCUGGCGCAGCGCCGCGCUUUGUCUACGGUGACCCAGCGCGCUCGGGAGGAGCUCGCCCUGCCGGAGAAGCCGCGCAACGUGGAGUACAUGAACCGCGGCCUCAUGCCGCCUCAGAGCACCGCGAACCCCUACCAGGACCGGCCCGCUCUGCCCGAGGCAGAAUCCCGUCGUUUGCGGCUCCUGGUGGAAGGCUCCGCAGAAUCCAAACGACUGGCAGACGAGAUCCUCUCGCAGUUCGCGGUUGGGGCCGACGUUUUCUUCUUUGUCCACGGUCGCGCUGGCACCGGGAAGUCCACCCUCGCCAACUAUCUCACGCACGCUGCCGAGUCCACGCAGCACGCGGUGCUCAACGUGGCCACUACUGGCCAGGCCGCUCUCCAACUGGCCCACGGCGCUACUGCCCACUCCACGUUCGGCAUCCCCACGACAGAUGACGAAUACCUCACUUCUACUGUGACGCCCAACACUGCGAAAGCCCGCAUGCUGGCACAAACGAAGCUCCUGCAAUGGGACGAAUGGCCCAUGGCCAAGAGGGCUUCGUGGGACUGCGUGGUGCAGCUGCUGCAGCGCCUGCGAGCUGACCUAUCCGACGUGUACGUCCCGAAGCACUGCGUUCGCGCGUCCCCAACGUGGGCCCGCUUCAACGUGCGCCACCUGCACCGUGCCCACCGGACCGCCGCCGACGCCAAGUUCACGGAAUGGCUGGAGACCAUUGGCAACGGCACGUGCCCCGCUCCUCACACCUGGAACGGGCACACUGGCUACGUGGCAUUAUCUGGCCUCCCGAUGGUGGACUCUGAGCAGGAGGCAGUCGACUUCGCAUUCCCCACCUUGCAUGACCCCCAUCGCUGCUCCAAAGCCAAGAUCGUGGCCACGACGAACGACAAGGUGGACCACUUCAACGCCCUCAUCCUCAACAGGCUCGUCAUGGACCACGGGCUUUCUGACCAUUCCCACUACAGCGCUGACAGUGUCGAGGUCGACGCCAACUCCGUAUUGGAUGAUUCCAUGACCACCGAGUUCCUGAAUACCCAAUCCCACCUGGGCGUCCCCCCGCACCGCGUGCGGCUGGUCCGCGGAGGCCUCUACGAGCUCAUGCGCAACCUCAACAGCAAGGAACGCUUGAUGAAUCACACGCCCGUUAUUCUGAAAGACGUUCAUCGGUUUCACGUUGUGAUUGCCGCGCUCGACCAGCGCGAGUACCCUAUUCCGCGCAUCAUCUUCCAGUGGGCUCUCGGUCGGGGUGCCUGCACUGUGCUGAGGCGACAGCUCCCCCUGCGCCCCGCGUACGCCUCCACGUUCAAUGGGGCGCAGGGCGCGACGCUCGAGAGAUGCGCCGUGGAUGCGCGGGCAGACCCCUUCGCCCACGGCCACCUGUACGUUGCUCUCGGUCGCGUGUCUCACCGGAUGGAUUUGCGAAUCCUAUCUUUUCCGGACCGGCGCACGCCUCAAGGCGAGCCUCUCAUCCGGAAUGUGGUGUGGAAAGAGCUGCUCCUGCCCCAUGGCCCAGCUCGCAGCAGCGGCGGCCCGCUUGCGGGCGCGGAGCUUCCCAUGAAACCCCCGGGGGCACGCACCAACGGCACGCUCUACACCGUUGACGUGGGCAUCCAGAUGAUUGGGGUCAAAAUCGCUGGCAAGGUGGUGCACGACGCCGGCGUGCGGUUCACCCUCGCCGACGCGGCGUCCUUGCAGCCCGGUCAGCCGCGCCUGGCGCAGCGCCACGCUUUGUCUACGGUGGCCCAGCGCGCUCGGGAGGAGCUCGCCCUGCCGGAGAAGCCGCGCAACGUGGAGUACAUGAACCGCGGCCUCAUGCCGCCUCAGAGCACCGCGAACCCCUACCAGGGCCGCACGUGGACCUACUGCAUCGACGUGGUGCCCACCACGUCCGGGGCCGUCAAGGCGGCCAUUGCGCACGGCGCAGACCACGCCGCUUUCAUCAUGAAGCACGCCUUCUUCGAGGCCGACCUGUCCGUGCCCGCGUCGCCCACGGCGGCGGCCUGGAGCGCGACGGCAUCCCUGCUCGGGCAGCGCGUCAAGGUGCACCGCACUGGCACGCGCGCCGAUGGGGGCGACUGGGCGGUGUCCGACCUCAUCAGGUUCCGCUUCCGUCUGGACCCAGCGAUGCCGCCGAACGUGCGCAAGGUGGUGGACGCCAUGGUGCAGAAGUAUUCUGCCUACAUCACGGUGGGCCCCUUCGACUGGCAGGGCGGCCCUCAGCCGAGCAAUGAACUCGUGCCGGGCACGGACGUGCACAUGGCAACGCUGAGCCCAGCAGAGUUGAAGGCCCUUCUUCCGGCCAUCAACGACUGGCGGUCGGUGUCCGUGUCGUGGGACGACUGGGCUUCGUACAACGACGCCGCCGGGGACGAGACGUCGGGGCAACCGGACAUCUUCGUCAAAACCAUAGAACACGAAAAGGUGUGCUUGGAGAUGGCUGACAAGACGUCGAGAGCAAUCACGACCAUUCUGGGCCAGGCCCCGUACCAGGCACGCGACUCCUUCGCGCUGGUUAUGGAGUUCCUCCACAGCCCAGUGGCCCUGAAGAUCUUGCAGGAGAACGUCGAGGACACUGCCACGAAAAAGGGCGUGACCUCCAAGGUGGGCGCCGUGCUCGCCGCGCACACGGGCCACCCGGCAGACUUGGUGGGAACGAGCUUCAACCCGUGGGUCCUCGCCCACUCAAGGUCGAAAAAGUUGUCUGCCCGGAAGGCUGCCUCCGAGCUCAGGAAGAUCGCCGCCAAUAGCCGGCGAUUCCGGGAGGCGGUGAACGAGCUGGAGCACAAGGGCGGCAUGGUGGACAAGCUGCUGGCGGCCCCGGCGGGCGAGCUGGCCACCGUGCUUGCAGCAAGCCCUGGCUGGCGCAGCUUCCGGGCCAAGAACUUCUCGCUUCCGCCAGCCGACGAGUCGGUGCAGCGACCACGGCCGGUGGCCGCCCUGGAGAGCAGCACCGCCGGCGCCCUUCAGCUCUGGUCCGCCCUGCUGCGACAGUGCGCUGGCGAGCGGACCAAGGCGCUGGCGGCGGCGCGCAAGCUGGCCACGAAGCGCCACAAGACCCCUGCGCUGGAGCGCCUGCUGAAGUGGGCGGACAAAGCGCUGCUCCCGGACUACGGGAUGCAGUUCGCUUUCUGCGAGGAGAGCCAGCUGCUCUCCCGGCUCGCAGGCCCGGCCCCCCCAGACGAGGAGGCCGGCGACGAGAGCGACGUGGCGGCGGGCGACGACGGCGAUGCCGAGGCAUCGCCAGCCUCGCCCGUCGACAGCGGCGCGCCGGACAUCGUCGGGCUGAGCUGGGCGCCGGGCGCGGUGGCCCAGCCGGGAGGGCAGGGCCUUGGCCCCGGGGCGCAGAUGUCGUCCAUGGCGCUGUCGAGGGCAAAGGCCGGGGCCGACGCGCGCCUGAACGAGGAGAAGAGGGCGGCCGAGAAGAAGAGGAACAUUCUUGUCCUGUGCGCGCGCUACUUCCAAGACCUCGGCUACAUCAACACAGUGAUGCAGAUCCAGAGCGAGACGGGCGUGUCCUUGAACAAGAUCGACGUGGCGGACAACAUAGACCUCGGCACGAUCCUCACGGAGUACGAAGACUUCUACGAGAUGCGGUUCGGCCGCAGGCCCAAGAUCGUCCGCAAGCAGGACGCCGAGAAGGAGGAGAAGAAGGACCACAAGUCGAGGCACUGCUCGCUCCCCCGGCUGGACGAGAACAGCUCCGACGACAGGCGCGGCGCGGCGAACCGGUCCAAGUCGGAGGACAAGGCGAACCGCCGCCAGCGGCCGCCGGCGUUGCCGGACGACCAGGCGAGGGGCCCCGCCGCACAGCCCAGCGCCACGGGCGCCGGGGGUCCCGAGGGCCUCGGCGACGGCCUGGGGAUCGCGGGGCAGAACGUCUCGAAGGUGAGCAGCUCCAGUGGCUCCAAGAGGGAGGCGAAGAGCGAGGCGCAGGAGAAGCCCGGGGACGACUUCUACGAGAACCAGGUCCUGCGGGCGCUGCCCAGCUGCGGGGUGGACAAGGAUUAUCGCGAGCUCGCCCUGACGAUCUCGCGCGACAUCCUGUCUCGCAAUCCCGGGGUCCCAUGGAACAGCAUUGUUGGUCUCGGGCAUGCCAAGGCUUUACUCAAAGAAGCUGUCGUCAUGCCCUUGAAAUACCCGCAGCUGUUCAAAGGCCUGCUGGCACCCUGGAAGGGCGUGCUGUUGUUUGGCCCGCCAGGCACGGGCAAGACGCUGUUGGCAAAGGCGGUGGCCACAGAGUGCCAGACCACGUUCUUCAACAUCUCGGCCUCCACUGUGGUUUCCAAGUGGAGGGGCGACUCCGAGAAGCUCAUCCGAGUGCUGUUUGACCUGGCGCGCCAUCACCAGCCGUCCACGAUCUUCAUGGACGAGAUCGACUCGAUCAUGAGCACGCGUGAGGGCGGCGGCAGCGAGCACGAGGGCAGCCGGCGGAUGAAGACCGAGCUGCUGAUUCAGAUGGACGGCCUGUCGCGGGACUCCUCGGACCAGGUGUUCGUCCUUGCCGCCUCGAACCUUCCGUGGGACCUCGACAGUGCGAUGCUCCGAAGGCUGGAGAAGAGGAUCCUCGUCAGCCUGCCCAGCACCGAGGCGCGGGAGGUGAUGUUCAGGGUCAACUUGCCCGAGAACGUGGCGAAGGAAGUAGACUACGCCAAGCUGGCGAGCCUGACCGAAGAUUGGUCGGGCUCCGACAUUCGCCUCCUCUGUAAAGAGGCGGCCAUGCACCCUCUCCGCAGGCUGAUGGCGGAGAUCGAGCGGGCGGAGGUGGAGCAGGAGGAGAAGGCGCAAGACAGGGCCAACAGGAGGAGCGCCGCCGAGAAGGCGGCGCAGAAGACCCUGGAGAAGGCGGAGCCCGUGGCCAUCUCUGAGCUCAAGGUCGGGGCGGUCACGGAGGCAGACGUCACGCGCGCGCUGCAGACCGUGCACCGUGCCCCCGCCGCCCACCUGGACCGCUACAACCAGUGGCAGGACCAGUUCGGGGCGGCGUAG